GACUCAUCCCGUGUGAACUUGUGUGGUCUAUUGACCUUAUGACCUCAGCAAGUCCCCCAUAAUCGAUCCCCGGUCCGCUAUUCCCGUGCUGCAUGGAAACUGCAUAAAAGAAGCUGAGUAUCUCUUUGCUGCACGCCAGUGUAACGUAACUCGGAUGGACCUGUCUUUCGAUGAGGAUGGAUUUUUGUGCGUUCCUCUGAUGUUUCAGAGCUUUGAUUUGUUCCAAGGCGCGCUGAAAUAUGAGGAGAUCGCUCAUGCACGCCAUCCUGUUAGUUCCAGGGCUCAAGACGUAAUGUCGCCGGAGGCUGUCCCACCUGCUCCGACUUUUUCCCCCGCGUCGCACACGCCUUCCGCUUCUUCCUUGGCCUCACCCUCUGCGGGUCACCCGAACACAGCGGAGGCGACCCGGAACUCUGCACAGAUCGCUGCGAAGGUAUCGACGGCGGCAGCGGCGGCGGCGAGAACGACAACAGAAUCGGAACAACGUCGGCCUGUAGACACCCGAUCGCAAUCGUCAUCGUCCCCGCCUCAGCCUGUGGUGGACGAUGUGGGGCGAUAUCCGACGCAUGGAGAGCUGCAUACUCAUACCGCACUUGGCGCCAUCGGAAGUGACAUUUUCUACGCCGGCUACAUGUCCGCAAAUCUUGUCGUUGGAAACCGGGACAACAGAAAUAGACCGCCCGUUGUCAUCCCUGUUCUGCUUGACCUAGGUUUUUCGUACAGAUUUUUCUACAAUGCGAUGUGCAAAGUCGAAGGCGGGAAAGAACUGAUCGGUCUUUCCGUGCUGAAUCCACUUGUACAUUACUCUGUGGAUUACACAGACGACGGCACAGACGUUUCGUAUCAAUACGAGCAGAGUGGCCUCGAAGUCAACUUUCACAACGAGAGAUGGGCUAAAUACCUCGCCAUAAGCGACCAGUUCUUUUUCCCUCCCCUGAAUUGUCGCAAUCUCCUCGACGAUCGCAGUCUGACGCCCUCCCAAGCACUCCGCCAUUGGAAAACGCUGCACUUUGGAUCUUCCUACGACAUAUCAGCCGAUUUGCACAAUGAUCCCGUCCAUGCUUCCGGCGUCCUUGGACUGGGACCCGAUAUCGUGAAAGCGGUGCCGCCCACAGCGAAGAAACCGAGGCUUCCGUCAUUCCUAGAACAGCUCGAAGGAAUCAUUUCAGACUGCGUGAUGACCGUGAUAUUCUCUAGACAGCAUGGCACGGUAUACUUUGGGCCGCGGCCAAUGCUGGGGCGUCCUCGGGGCCAUCCUGGCGAACACCUUGGUCGUUGGUUCUCCGAUAUCCCAGUACUGCCUGGUGGCCCGUUCUGGCAGAUCUCCGGGUCACGGCGCCAGGUGAACGGUAUCGACUAUCCGUCGCUUGAGUCGAAGAUUCUUUUUGACAGUGGAUGCAACUGUUCAUAUUUCGGGAAAGCGUUCGUCAAGGCCAUAUACGAAGCAAUCAGCAAGGAUUGUAUACGUGACGAACGAGGCCGUUGGCCAUUGUGGCUCAUCCCUGACACGAUCCGAUCUGUCGACAUUGAAAUCAAGAUCGGCCUUGGGGACGACAUAGACUCGGCUUCAGUGUUCUCACCCGAGAUAGUGCAAACCGGUACAGUCACGAAGGUGCUGACCGGAGGUGAAAUGCGCGAUUUCCAUGUCGGCGUGUUUCAGGAGAAGCACAACGAGACUGACUCUGACAUUUUGGGAUUGACGUGCGUGAUGAACCUGCAACUUGUCUUCAAGUUCCCCCGAGGGGACCUGCGAUCGGUCUCAUGGAGGGAGAAAUCCUGUGCAUCAGCUUUGGGAAAGCCCGACUUGAUGACACUCAACCCAGAGAAAACGGCGUUUCUGAGGUAUGGCCGGGCCGGAUAGUUGCGCGCGCAGCCCGGAACAGUAGUACAUUCCAUGCAUUCAUGCUCGAAGCGAUUGCAAUCUGUAACCGGAACUUGGCAAACUAACUUGGAG